AUGUGCGUUUUUAACAAGUAUGCAGCUAUUCCAGCUCCACGAGUCCCAGCAAUCGGGCGUAUUCUGUUCGAUACAUACGCUUUCUACGUCGAUACGCGUUCUCGGCAAGCCGUGGAGAACUGCCUUUCAGCCAUUGCGAGCUCGCCCGAAGCACCGAAGCUCAUACCUGGUCUGGUCAGCCUCAUAUUCGAAGAGUCAAGCAAGCCAACGAUUGCACCGGGAAGUGCGUUUGUCCUGGUGCGAUGGAGCUCGCUUCUCGUUCAACAUGCGGCGAAAGAGAAAGAUCUUUGGGAGCUUUGGGGGAAGAAAGCGCUCGCAGCGAUGGCCAAUGCUUUGGCCACCGUUCAGCAAUACUACAAAAAGGACAAUGACAGCGCGAGAGUCACGGCCGUGCGUGUAUCAAGACGGGCGAUACGAGCGCUGCUCAAAGCUCCAUUCGGACCGGAAGCCAUCACCGCGUGUAUCGACUCUCUUACAGCGAAAACUCCGGCUCCGGCACCCAGAAAUGCGAUCGUUCUCGGUAUCAUUGCGGGUGUCUGCAAGAGGUUGCCCAACGCAUCCGUCUUGGUCGAUGCAAAGAAGGAGGACUAUAUCGCUUUCUAUCUUCGGGAAAUCCUUGGUUCUCGAACGCCAGUUGCCAAGUUCAUUGCCCACGCAUUGAAAGACUUCUUUGCUGCAUACGUAUCUCUGGACGAUCUGAAGAAGGACGUCGUUCCAGCUAUGGACAAGGCUCUCCUCAGAGCACCAGAGGUCGUGCUUGAUGAUCUGCUCUGUCCGGUCUUCGCAGCACUCCCCGAAGAAAUGGAUCUGUCAGAAAUCAUGGUCGCCUUGCUCAGACCACUCCUCGCUAAUGUUAAAUCGACAAAAGAGUCAAUACGGCAGGGAGCCUUUCGGACGUUCAGUAUUCUAGCGCAAAGGUCUUACGAAGAGAAGUCAAUAGAGAAGGCUGCUGAUGAAAUCUUGACUCCGCUCAAGGCCAACAAGGUACCGGCGGCAGAUCAGCGUGUGCUCCACGCCAACAUGCUGAGUACGCUGCAUCCAAAGCCAUCGCUUGUAUCCAAAGUACCCCAAGGCCUAGUCGCUGUAUUGGGCAAAGAGGCCAACGAGGUUGCAGCAGCAGCGGAGCUGAAUUGCGUAGGAACGUAUGUGCGCUCCGCGCUGACCACCAGCACGAAGCUGGACAACGGCAUCAUCGAAGCUUUUGUCAAAGGCGUCCAGGAGAAGCGACUGCCUAUACGCAGACUGUGGACGAUGCAGCUUGCAGAAUGUCUGCACAUGAAAUCUGCAGAUGAUUUGUCCCUGGAAGGUCCCGCGCAACUAGCCGAUGCGACGGCUGGAAGACUGCUUGACAUCAUCCACGAAGUCAUUGCAAACCCGCUACCAGCUGUACAAAACGGCCAGGUCGCUGCUGCAUGCGCUACAUGUGCGAUAUGUCUGGACUCAGUGCCCUACAUGACGAUGUCCAAGAGCAAGUCGAUUGUCGAGAAAGCUUUGAUUGAGGAGAAAGUGUUGAUGCUUGAGCCGAAACCAUCUUUCUUGCUGAACCCGCGGAUUUACACCAAAUUGACUGCCGAGGAGGACAUGAGGUGGUUCCUGUACGCGGUCGAGGCCGCAGUCAAGAAGCUCGACAAAGCUGGCGAUCGGCCGGCAGCGUCAAAGGCUCUGGCACAGUCGAUAAUCUAUUUUGUGGCUGCCUCUGGUAUCCCGCGCGAUGUCAGGAAACAUGCGACUGACAUGAUCACUCGACUGUACGCUCAAAAUCCUUCCUCUACGGCUGACACCUUCGUCAGUGGAUUGUGGCAGUGGUGUGAAGACGUCGAGCUCGACGUCAAAGACAGUGCUGCGAUCGCUUCCAAGACUGGUAGGAACGAGCUUCACAAGGUCGUGAGGGCUCUAUGCCUUGAUACCGAGACUGCUGCAAGACUAGGGUGCGCUGUGGAGAAGGACAUCGUUGAAGAUCAGCUUCUUAGGAUGCUCGUUCUGUGCAGGCCACAACUCAUACCCAAAGCAGCGUGGAUUGACCUAUGUCUCCGCACUUCAACGGAUCCCGGCGCGUUAGCAGAGAGGCGUUCGCAGGACUGUCUCGACCGAAUCAUCGCGGUCACCGAGAGUUCGACGUGGAAACCAUUGCCGGCGUUUCAAUCUGCUGCUUGCGCCGCCGCCGCGGAUCUCGCUUUCGUGGCGCCUGAGGUUUUGACUCCGCUUAUUGUCGCCCAGAUUAGCUCAGAUCUCGAUCCGACACAGCUGUACGACAUUGGUCCUACCGAGGCCGCAAUGUUCCGCACACCGGAAGGUACGGCUUUCAUUGAUGUUCUGUCGAAGCCCGGCGCGACACGCGAGAUCAGCAAAAACGACAAAGACUACGACACCCUGAAAUGGGAACAAGAGCUUAGAGCGCAGCUUGCGCAAAAGAAAGGACAAACGAAGAAGCUCACAGCCGACGAGCAAGCCAAGGUCAACGCGCAACUGACGAAGGAAUCUGCGAUACGCAAGAGCAUUGCAGAGGUUGACUCGCGAUUACGGCGAGGCAUCGGCAUGAUCGGCGCAUUAUCGACUGGACCACCCACGGAGGCUGAAUCUUGGUUUGGUCCUUCGGUGAAACUUCUAUUCGAGGUCAUUCAAGCGGGAGCCAGCCUUAUCCUUGGUGAUGCCGCUUCACUGGGCUACCUGCAAUGCUCCGAGAAGAUUUCCACUCGUCUCGGACCAAUGCGACCUUUCACCGGCGUUGCUACUCUUCGUGCCGCCGGCAUUACCAUUCUGCCGGAGAACCUUUUGGCGGAACCCCUGGGAGAUCUUGUGACACGAGUACUGUACCGUCUGCGCGCCCUCGGAGAGCAGCGACCGUUCGACACAGUCUCUCUGAGCUAUCUUCUUGCUUUGAUAUUUGUGGUGCUCGAGAACGGAGGUGUCGACCGCACCGGCGAAGAUGCAGACGAGCAAAUUGUGCUCGCCAUUGAGUUCUUGUCGUAUCAUACUGGAACCUGCAGCGAUGUUCGCCUUCCCCGCGAGAAGCUUCUCGGCACGCUCAUUGCAUCUAUGCAAAGAUAUACGCAGCAUUUCAAGCCAGCGAAGGAUUGCUUCACUGAUCUAUGCCGAUGCGUUGCAGUCAACAUGUCCAUGGCUGAGACCGACGUCGUAGUCAAGGGCGCUAUCGUGGCCGACUCCUCGAUUCGGAGCGCUGUGCUGCAAGCUGUCAGUGCGGAGCUUGAGCUUUCAGACCGCGAGUUCUACGUUGAGAUCUGGCUCGCUUGCCACGAUGACGAUGAGGAAAACGCUGCUGUCGCGCAUGAGAUCUGGGAAGAGAAUCAGCUCAAGGUUCUUCCUGAUGCUGCUGUUCAAUGUUUGCCAUACCUUGAAGCGAGGGACUCUCAGCUCCGACGUGCUGCAGCCCGGGCGGUGGCGGCUGCCGUCACAGAGCACUCUUCCAUGUUCAGCGAUAUCCUCAAGAAGAUCGAGGACGCCUACGUUGAAGCUGCGAAGCCGAAGAAACCGCUCGUCGAUAAGUACGGCAUGCCACUCAAGAAGGAGGUCACCGACACUUGGGAGUCCAGGCACGGAUAUGCUUUAGCAUUCCGCGAGCUUGCGGCAAUCUUCCCAUCUGAAGAGUUAUCGCCAUUUCUCACAUUCCUCAUUGAGCGAGGCCCACUGAGCGACAAUCACGCUGGAGUGCGCGAUAGUAUGGUCGACGCCGCCACCCAGAUCGUAUCGGUACGCGGCAAAGAAAAAGUCGAACCCCUGAUGGAGCUGUGCGAAAACACUCUGCAGAACACAAGCAGCGCAUCUCAAACGCAGGAUCUCGUAAAUGAGGCGGUGGUCAUCCUUUAUGGUGCGAUUGCUCGUCAUCUGCCUAAGGGCGACGAGCGUGUUCCUAAGGUGGUCAAUCGUCUUCUCGAGACCCUCAGCACCCCGUCGGAAUCGGUGCAAUACGCUGUGGCGCAAUGUUUGCCACCUCUCGUACAGGCCUCGACCGACCAGGCAACGCAGUAUCUUAAGCAGAUGAUUGACGAGAUGCUGCACUCGAAGAAGUAUGCUGCUCGUCGUGGUGCCGCGUAUGGUCUUGCGGGUAUCGUUAAAGGCAGGGGUAUCUCGAUACUGCGGGAGACGAGACUCUUGUCCACCCUGAGAAGCGCAGCCGAGAAUAAGAAAGAUACGAACGAGCGUCAAGGAGCUUUCCUUGCACUCGAAUUGCUGUCACUCCUGCUCGGACGUGUGUUUGAGCCAUAUGUGAUCCAAGUGGUACCUCAACUUCUGGUCGGCUUUGGAGACAGCAGCGCCGAUGUCAGAGAGGCGUGUUUGGACGCCGCAAAGACCUGCUUCUCAUCAUUGAGCUCUUUCGGUGUCCACCAAGUUCUUCCGACUCUGCUCGACGGUCUGAACGAGGAUCAAUGGCGCAGCAAGAAAGGAGCAUGCGACUCUCUGGGAGCCAUGGCAUACCUUGAUCCUCAACAGCUGGCCGUCAGUCUGCCCGAGAUCAUCCCACCACUCACUGAAGUCCUCAAUGACAGCCACAAGGAGGUGCGUGGCUCGGCGAACCGCAGUCUGCAGCGUUUCGGAGAAGUCAUCAGCAAUCCGGAAGUCAAGUCACAAGUCAGCAUCCUACUGAAAGCGCUCAGUGACCCGACAAAGUACACAAACGACGCUCUCGACGCGCUGAUCAAGGUCAACUUCAUCCAUUACCUCGACGCACCUUCAUUGGCACUCGUGGUGCGCAUCCUCGAGCGUGGCUUGGGAGACCGGUCAGGCACGAAGCAAAAGGCUGCUCAGAUUAUUGGCAGUCUUGCACAUCUUACCGAGCGAAAAGACCUCAUCGCUCACUUGCCCAUCCUGGUCGCCGGUCUACGUGUCGCCAUCGUCGACCCAGUCCCCACUACUCGUGCCACGGCCUCCAAGGCGCUUGGCUCGACUAUUGAGAAGCUGGGCGAGGAUGCUCUGCCCGAUCUCAUCCCGAGCUUGAUGUCAACACUGAAAUCUGAUACAGGUGCUGGCGAUCGUCUGGGCAGUGCUCAGGCCCUCAGCGAAGUGCUGGCUGGUCUUGGUACCAGUCGCUUGGAAGAGACUCUCCCAACAAUUCUGCAGAAUGUGUCCAGCUCGAAGGCUUCCGUACGCGAAGGCUUCAUGUCGCUUUUCAUCUUCUUGCCCGCUUGUUUCGGAAACAGCUUUGCAAACUACCUGUCCAAAAUCAUUCCGCCAAUUCUGGCCGGACUGGCGGACGAUGUCGAGUCUAUUCGCGAGACCGCCCUACGUGCCGGGCGUCUACUCGUCAAGAACUUUGCGACCCGCUCAGUCGAUCUACUUCUGCCCGAGCUCGAACGUGGUCUUGCAGAUGACAGCUAUCGUAUCCGUCUCAGCUCCGUGGAAUUGGUUGGUGAUCUGCUCUUCAACCUCACUGGUAUCAGCGGGAAGACCGAGGCCGAAGAUUUGGAGGAGAACGCCAACGAAGCCGGUGCUUCCCUUCUUGAAGUUCUCGGAGAAGACAAGCGCAACAGAGUGCUGUCUGCGUUAUACAUCUGCCGCUGCGAUACUUCUGGCAUGGUCCGCACGUCGGCUAUGAACGUCUGGAAGGCUUUAGUGUCAUCACCACGCACGCUGCGCGAGCUCGUUCCAACUCUUACACAACUCCUCGUUCGAAGAUUGGCGAGCUCGAACAUGGAGCAGAAGGUCAUUGCCAGCAACGCCCUCGGCGAACUCAUCAGAAAGGCAGGAGAAGGCGUGUUGGCCACGCUGCUUCCUGUUCUCGAGCAGGAAUUGCAGACCUCGCACGACACAGAUGCCAGACAAGGUAUCUGUUUCGCUCUUCGCGAACUCAUUACUGCUUCCACCCCAGACGCUCUCGAGGACUACGACAAAAUCCUGUACUCCAUCGUCCGCACUGCUCUUGUCGACACCAACAAGAAUGUUCGUGAUGCGGCUGCUGAGGCGUUUGACUCGAUGCAGAAAGCACUUGGUAAACGAGCUGUUGACCAGGUGCUGCCACAUCUCCUCAACCUGCUGCGCUCCGAAGAUGACAAAGACAAUGCACUGUCUGCACUCCUGACCUUGCUGAACGAGACCACAAGAUCCAACAUCAUCCUGCCGAACUUGCUACCCACACUUCUCAAAUCGCCAAUCUCGGCCUUCAACGCCAAUGCGAUGGCCGAACUGGCAACGGUCGCUGGGCCAGCAAUGACAAGGAGACUUCCGAACAUCCUUAACUCUCUCAUGGACAACAUUGUCGCUUGCAAGGACGACGACCUGGAGGCGGAGUUGAGCUCCUCCUUCGAUGCAAUUCUGCUGUCGGUCGAUGAAUACGACGGACUGAACACGAUGAUGAGCGUCAUGCUCGCACUCGCGAAACAUGAUGACCACCGCAGACGUGCUGCCGCGGAUCAACAUUUGGCUGUAUUCUUUGAGCAGACCGAGAUCGACUUCUCGCGCUACUACCCGAACCUCAUCAGUGCUCUGCUGAUCGCAUUUGACGACAGCGACAAAGAGGUUGUCAAGGCAGCGUGGACCGCAUUAAGUGCCCUCACGAAGCAGCUGAGGAAGGAAGAGAUGGAGUCGCUUGUGGGCUCCACCCGCCAAACUCUCAACCAGGUUGGCAUCGCUGGACACAACUUGCCUGGUUUCUCGCUCCCCAAGGGCAUCAACGCCAUUCUGCCGAUCUUCCUGCAGGGUUUGAUGAAUGGUUCCAUGGAGCAGAGAACACAAGCUGCGCUUGCCAUCUCCGACCUCAUCGACCGUACAAGUCCAGACGGUCUCAAGCCAUUCGUGACGCAGAUCACUGGUCCACUCAUUCGUGUCGUGUCCGAACGAUCGACCGAGCUCAGGGCCGCUAUUCUGCUCACUCUCAACAAUUUGCUCGAGAAGAUCCCCACCUUCCUCAAGCCUUUCCUGCCGCAGCUGCAACGCACUUUCGCAAAAUCUCUUGCGGACCCAUCAAGCGAAGUCCUGCGCACCCGAGCUGCAAAGGCCCUGGGCACGCUGAUCACCAUGACCCCAAGAAUCGAUCCUUUGAUCGCGGAGCUCGUGACUGGGUGCAAGACCACGGACGCGGGUGUCAAGAAUGCCAUGCUCAAGGCUCUGUACGAGGUCGUAAGCAAGGCAGGCACGAACAUGAACGACGCCUCGCGCGCCUCCAUCCUCGGACUUAUCGAUUCCGACUCUGGCGACGCCGAUGAUGCGACCUCUAUCACUCAUGCCAAACUCCUCGGCGCUCUGAUCAAGGUCAUGCCAGUCGAAUCCAUCACGCCUCUCGUCAAAAGCCGCGUCCUUACGAACCACUUCACACAUUCCUCCAUCCUUGCCCUCAACGCCGUGCUGCUCGACGCCCCGACUGUACUCACGGACAACUACGACGAAAUCACACGCAACGUCAUUGUACAAGGUAUCAACAGCACCCAGACCUUCGUCGCCGAUAACGCCGUGCUGGCUGCGGGCAAGUACCUCCUCUCGGACUCCAGCGACAAGUCAUUCGAGGCCGCCAAGCCUCUCAUGCAGGCUCUCGCCGACGCUCUCACCCCUGGCAAAUCCGUCGACACCCGUCGCCUCUCGCUGGUGGUGAUUCGCACCGUGAGCCGGGCAAAUAAUUCCGAGCUCAUCCGCCCCCACUACGCUACGAUCGUGCAGCCGCUUUUCAAAUGCGUGCGCGACAUGGUGGUACCCGUCAAGCUGGCAGCAGAGGCAGCUUUCGUUGCCAUUUUCGAGGUGGUAGAGGAGGAGGGUGCCGUGUUUGAAAAGUACCUGAAUAGCUCGGCGGGCGCUGGGUUAAAUGCCGCGGAUAAGAGGAGUCUGAUCGAGUACUUCAAGAGAAUUGCGUUGAGGUUGGCUGGGCAGGCGAGGGAGAGGAAGGAGGCGGAGGGUGGGCAGGGUGGACUGGGGCUGAGUAGCGAUGAGAAGGAAGAUGAGAAGGAGGUUUGGUGCGUGGGUAAGGUUGAUCUGGGUAGCAGUGGGUUUGAGGAUUGAGCAGGCUGGCAGGAAGUGGUAUGAAGUGCUGUCAAUACGCCACAGUCAACGCUCAGAAGCGGUGGGUUGAAACCGCUUGAACAAAAUGCACAUUUCUUGACAUG